CUUAUCCAAAGGGGGAAUGUGUUACUGUCUGGUUUUCUAGUUCCGCUCUUUCACCUUUAAUGUAGACAUUUUCUUUUUGCAAAAUUAGUGCUUAACCUACUAAACAGUGCAAAAUAGUAUUGUAGCUUCAUUUUCCACUUGGGCGGGGGAGAGCUUCUAACACAUGAUGGGAGGUGGUAAGGCACUUGAUUUACAUUAUUAAGGCACUGGAUGUACACGAAGGAUCGCAAUAUUAUGAUAUUGUAAAACAGAAAAAAGGUAUGUUUGUAUUAUAAUAAAGAGCUUUUUUUCUGUGUGGGAAUUUUUCUUUUUUGUGAGACACUCCUUAGCUUUGUGAAGCCAGAAACAGCAGAAUACAUUUCCUCCGUCUCGGCAUCUCUUUCAGAGCCAGCCAGUCUCCAUGGCAACAUGUUAGACUGAAAGGUAUGUGAGGACCGGGGAGGAAAGGAAUGAGUUAGAAACAGCCAAGUAGUGGUGUGUGUCCCUAACGUCAGUAUACCAGUCUUUUGAUAGGAUGAUUUUGUUAACUCCCAUCCAAGGCUCCUGUGCAGAGCUUCUUUAUUAGAGCAGCUGCUAGGGCAUCUGCUUUAGAAAUCUCUCUCCUACACCCUUUCCCCUCCCCCCCUUUUUCUCCCCCCCCCCCCCACCUCUCGUAUUUUGGCUCCAGCCUCUCAUUGAAAAUGUGCAGCUCAUUUUCAUCAUUCUGUCAGCGUCUUUGCACUUCAGUGUUUUGCAUUUCACUUGACCUCAGCACAGUGAAAUAUCUUCUACAUUGCUGAAGGAUACUGACUAUGCAGAAAUUUAUUGAAGCGGAUUACUAUGAACUAGACUGGUAUUAUGAAGACUGCACGGAUGUUUUAUGUGCUGAAAGAGUGGGCCAGAUGACUAAAACAUACAAUGACAUAGAUGCUGUUACACGACUUCUAGAAGAGAAAGAGCGGGAUUUAGAAUUAGCUGCUCGAAUUGGCCAGUCGUUGUUAAAGAAGAAUAAAUCACUAACCGAGAGAAAUGAAUUCCUUGAAGAACAAGUAGAGCAUAUCAGGGAAGAGGUUUCUCAGUUGCGCCAUGAACUGUCCAUGAAGGAUGAGCUGCUUCAGUUUUAUACCAGUGCUGCUGAGGAAAGUGAGCCAGAGUCCAUCUGCUCAACACCGUUGAAGAGGAAUGAGUCUUCCUCCUCCGUCCAGAACUAUUUUAACUUGGAUUCUCUUCAAAAGAAACUCAAGGACCUUGAAGAGGAGAAUGUUGUGCUUAGAUCAGAGGCCUGUCAGCUGAAGACUGAAACAAUUACUUACGAAGAGAAAGAACAGCAGCUUGUAAAUGACUGUGUGAAAGAGCUGAGGGAUGCAAACAUCCAGAUUUCCAGUAUCUCGGAGGAGUUAGCAAAGAAAACUGAAGAUGCUGCCCGGCAGCAGGAAGAGAUCACCCAUCUUCUUUCUCAGAUAGUUGAUCUGCAGAAAAAGGCAAAAUCUUGUGCAGUCGAAAAUGAAGAACUUGUCCAGCAUUUGGGAGCAGCUAAAGAUGCCCAGCGUCAGCUCACGGCAGAAUUGCGGGAGCUGGAAGACAAGUAUGCAGAGUGCAUGGAAAUGCUUCAUGAGGCACAGGAGGAGCUGAAGAACCUUCGGAACAAGACGAUGCCAAAUGCCAUAUCUCGUCGCUAUCACUCACUAGGCCUCUUCCCCAUGGACUCUUUGGCAGCAGAGAUAGAAGGAUCAAUGCGAAAAGAACUGCAACUGGAUGAGCCAGACUCUCCUGACGUAACUCACCAGAAGCGAGUCUUUGAGACUGUGAGAAACAUAAACCAGGUUGUCAAGCAGAGAUCCCUGACUCCAUCUCCAAUGAAUAUCCCAGGAUCUAACCAAUCUUCUGCAAUGAACUCAGUCCUUUCUAGCUGUACCAGCACUCCACGUUCCAGUUUCUAUGGGGGAGACAUCUCCAACAAUGUGAUAGACAACAAGACCAAUAGCAUCAUUCUAGAAACAGAAUCCUCUGACAUUGGAAAUGAAAACAAGAAUAAGAAGCCUGGAACUCCGGGGACACCUGGUUCUAGUGACUUGGAGACAGCUCUUCGAAGGUUGUCCCUUCGGCGAGAGAAUUACCUCUCAGAGCGGAGGUUCUUUGAAGAAGAACAGGAAAGGAAGUUACGGGAACUGGCAGAGAAGGGUGAACUCCAUAGUGGUUCCAUUACACCAACAGAGAGCAUCAUGUCAUUGGGAACUCACUCCAGGUUUUCAGAAUUCACUGGAUAUUCAGGAAUGUCCAUCAGCAGUCGCUCCUACCUGCCAGAGAAGCUUCAGAUUGUGAAGCCCCUUGAAGGUUCAGCCACUUUGCAUCAUUGGCAGCAACUAGCUCAGCCUCAUCUGGGCGGAAUCUUAGACCCAAGGCCUGGGGUUGUCACUAAGGGCUUCAGAACUCUGGACCUCGACCUCGAUGAAGUGUACUGCCUUAAUGAUUAUGAAGAAGAUGAGACAGGUGACAUUUCUUACAAGGGCCUAACUACCUCGACGCCAAUUCAGCACACAGAGACCUCAGGUGAGAGGUCACAAGCACAAGUGACUGUUUCAGACAGCAAGAAUAAUCCAAGCCAGGCUCAGGCUUUCACAGAGGAGAUGCAGGAGUCCACGACUGCCGAUGAUGAGGGGUCUGUACAUCAUCCUGGGAAGUGCAUGUCACAAACCAACUCCACCUUCACCUUCACCACCUGCCGCAUUCUGCACCCUUCUGAUGAGCUCACACGAGUCACUCCAAGCCUUAAUGCAACACCUACUCCAGCUUGCAGCAGCCUUGGCAAUUUGAAAGGCACCCCGGUCGCUACCCCAUGCACCCCUCGGCGUCUAAGCUUGGCAGAAUCCUUCACUAACCUUCGGGAAUCCACAACUACGAUGAGCACAUCCUUGGGCCUGGUGUGGCUGCUUAAAGAACGAGGGAUCUCAGCAGCAGUGUACAAUCCACAAAGCUGGGACAGGGCCAGCAGGGGCACCAUCCUGAACCCGUACUCUCCUAAAAUGGCGAUUAUUCCUUCCACUCCUCCGAACUCACCUAUGCAGACUCCCUCUUCUUCCCCACCAGCUUUUGAGUUCAAGUGCACCAGCCCUCCUUAUGACAACUUCCUCGCUUCCAAACCUGCCAGUUCCAUUUUGAAGGAGGUGAGAGAGAAAAAGAACAUCAGGAACAGUGAGAGUCAGACCGAUGUGUCUGUCUCCAACCUUAACCUUGUGGACAAAGUAAAGCGGUUCGGAAUUGCCAAAGUAGUUAGCUCGGGGCAAACGCAAGCACCUCCCUUAACUGAUGACGAGGGACCUCUUCUCUGUGGGGUUCAAGGACCAGUAAGGGCCUUUGUUCCCCAAGGCUUGGUCCCAGAAAGCCUUCAGUUGGGCUGCCCUUCUGCAACAAGUGCCAUUGGCGGUAUUCAGCUGAACACUGGCAUUCGAAGGAAUCGGAGCUUCCCAACCAUGGUGGGUUCCAGCAUGCAGAUGAAGGGCCCUGCAACUCUCACUUCUGGCAUUCUAAUGGGAGCCAAGCUCCCUAAGCAAACUAGCUUACGAUGAAGGACUUAAUUUUUAUGGCUAGUCUUUUAAAGAGAUACCAAGAACCCGCCUGCAAUUUUUUUUUCUUCCAUUGCCUCCUGAGUUUGACAAAUCAACUUUGUGCCUAAUGGGAGAAGUGUGUAAAGUUUGUACAAUUUGUAAAUAUGUACUAGAUAUAUUGUAACUAAUUUCUUUAUUUUACUGUUCAGUUGAGUGCAAAAUGUUCUGACACUGCAGUUGCUGUAUUAGGGUUUAACUUGCUAACCUUCUGAAAGGUGGUGGGUUUUUUUUAAAGACGCACUGAAGGUGCGGGGGUGGGGAGGGGAGACCCAACAAUCCAUGAAGAAAGUGAAUUCUGUAGCUAGCCUAACUUGACCUAGCAUAGCAAGGUUAUUGACCAUGUUACCUGAGACAUUGAAAUAUCAGCAGCAGGGAGCAUUUGUGCUUUGGUAAGUGCUAAACAAAAUAGUCAGCUUAGCAUCUGUGUUAAUUUCAUUUUGCCAUUGUGAAUGAAGUGGGUUAUCCGAGCGUGUGGCUGUUAUGCUUGAAUAGAUGAGACAUUUUUUUGUUUUUUGUUUUGUUUUUUUCCUGGUAUGAUAAACUUGAACUAGUACUAUGUUUUGAGGUCAACGGGCCUGCUACGUGCCUGGAAAAAUGACACAUUUCCACUACUGCUGUUUCUUCUGGCACAUCUGUAUUCUGUGUGAUUCACUUUAUUAUUUUCAAUAUUGCACUGGACUGUGGAAGGAAAAAUGUUUUACCUUGUGUUCUCUUGCUGACACUGAAAAUCACACCUUACAAACUAUCCUUAAAGAGACUAGUUUUCACACUUCACAAGAUAACAUGGCAACUACUUCCUGGGAGCCAGAGUCACUGAAUAGAUUGGAAAACAGUCUUGUUUGAAAAUAUAGUUUAGCAAAAGCAGUCUUUGAAAAAGGUGUGUGCUUGAAAUAUCAUGAAGGGAAGAACCACAGAAGUAUUUAGUAACAGAAUAUGGUACAAGCAAGGGAAAGCAGCUUUUGAUUUUAUAUUUGCCUUUUCACUACAGAUUUUAUAUAUAUAUAUAAAGAAAUCAAUCCACUAAGUGGUUUUAUAACAGGGUGAGAAUAUUUUCUACUUAGCUUUCAUCAUUUUUCAUAGAAACCUGUUUCCAUCCAGGUGUUGUAAACUUGCCAGAAGUAAUAGCCAUUUGAAAACAUUUUUAUUCCCCCUGCUAUAAUAAGCCCAUAUGCUUUCAAUUAGGAAAGCCCAGUAUUUGUUAGAAUUUUCUUUCCUGUCCCUCCCAAUUUUAUGCUAGGUGCUUGCAAGAAUAUUUGUUAGCUCUUAAAAUAGAAAUGGACAAAAAAGAUCUUAUUUCUGUGGCCAAGGAAAGAUUAUUUUUGAGCUUUAAUUUAAAAAAUCAGGAUCUGCUUUUUUCCUUGCAGUCUCUGUGAAGUUUAAAAUCAAGCAGCCAGUUUAUUUAUUGCCACCACUACUGCACUACAUGUAAUUGCUGUGAAUUGCCAUUUGUACCAGACUGUUACUAAAUCAUUAGCACUGAUAAUUUCUUGUAUAAAUGGAACUGUCUUUUAGUCUUUGUGACAAGAGAAGGAUGUAUUAAAAUGAAGUAGAUAUUACAAUAGUGCAAUGAUAUUUUGAGAGAAAACACAUGAGCCAAAUACUGCAUGUGUUUGAAGACUUCUAUUUAUUCUGUGAACUUUAAAAAAAAGUUUUAGUAAAAUGUCAUCAGCUCUAUUUGCUGUUGUAUAUGUGCACUUAUUGCAAGUAACUUUAAAAUUUUUUAUUUGAAUGUAUCUUUAAAAAUAGAUAGAAUAACAAUUAGAUCUGAAAAAUCAUUGACUUUUAUGGGCCAUUUUAUGUACCCAGAGAGAGAGAGCAAUACCAUAUGAGAAUUAAAAAUGUAAAAGCUAAUCAUGCAAUUUGGAAAGUAUAUUAUUAUUUAGCCUUUAAGUAAACAAUAGGAGCUGUCCAAUCACCAGAAAGCGGGUGUAACACAUCAGAAGGAUAAAAUUUAAAUUUUCUUCACUAAUGAAUAUCAAUAAAAUAAAAUAAACGUGA